GUCCCGGUUCGAGAUGUUCAUAGAAAAAGUAACCGAAGCAAAAACACAAUCUCCUCUCAAUCCAUCAAUUUCCGAUUCCCUCUUCCUUCCCAUCCAUUUCUGGAGAGAAGAAAAAUAGAAAAAGAAAAGACUAAAGAGAGAACGAACAGUGAAGGCUGGCAAAGGCGCAAUCUCUCUCUCUCUCUCUGUUCUAUGGACAACAAGCUUUUCUUUUCCUAAUCACAAAUCAACGAACCCAUCUCCCAUCCCCACGCCCAUAUAAACCCCGCAGGCCACUCUUCCACUUGGCCCUAUUCUUCCAUGAAUUUCCAUUGCCCAUCUCUCGAUUCUUUCUCUUAUCGCUAGCUUUUUCAUCCCCCUUCAAUCGCUAUAGCCAGAAAGAAAGAAAGGCCGCAGAACCCGUCGUUUGCUUUCUUCCAACCCUCCCUUUUAUGUUCCUCAAUUCGACUCUCUCACUGAAAAGCUGCUAUCUUCUCACGAUUUCGGUUCGGACCCAUCGCCAGAUUUCCCAAUCUCGCAUCGGGAAAGCGUCUCUCCUUCUCUUUCCGCUGGUUAUCGCCUCCACCGCCGGAGACGGCAGCAAUUGCAGUUACCCGAGAGGCCCGGGAGAGCAGAACCCAGAAAGCGGCGGAAGCGGCAGCGAAAGCAUUAUGAAGGUCCAUCCUAUGCCCAAUAGGAGGAACAACAUAACAAUCCGGUACUAUGUAAAUCACGGUGGCGGUGGAAACAAUCAGAGAGGAGACAUAGCCGCCGUCGGCGGCGGUAACAAGAAGCUGAGGAGGCUGCCCCACAUUUUCAAUCGGGUUCUGGAGCUGCCGUUCCGGUCGGAUGCUGAAGUGGUGGUGGAGGAAAGCGCCGAUUGCUUCCGAUUCGUGGCGGAGGCGGACGAUGUCGGAGAAGUUAGGGCUCACACCAUCGAAAUCCAUCCCGGGGUAACGAAAAUCGUGAUUCGGCCCAAUGGGUACAUGGAAUUGCCGUCACUGGACGAUUUGGAGUUGGACAUGUGGAGGUUCAGGCUGCCGGAAUCAACCCGACCCGAUCUAGCCAGCGCGGUUUUCACCGACGGGGAGCUGAUCGUUACGGUUCCCAAAGGGGAGGAAGUGGAUGAAGAAGGUGAUAAUAAUGGCAGCAGGGGCUAUAGAGGUAUGGGUAACAAUAAUAACAAUGCCAGGCUUGUGCUUGUACAGUGAAUGGAAUGGAAUGUCUAUGAUAAAAAAAGGUCCUCUCUUUGCUCUUGCUCUUUCCUUGUUUUCUUCUUUUUCGGUUAAUGCUUCCAUUUGAAAUCGCUGUUGUUAACAGAUCCCAAGUUUUAGCCCUUGGAGGUGUUCUUCUGUGGUUGGGAAGACUAGACUUUGUAAUGCUUAGCUUUUUUUACCGUAUUGAAUGAACCAAGUAAAAGGUUCCAUUCACCUUCUGUUCUUGAAAUGUGGUUGAUUGAGCAAAUGACAUAAGAUGAGGAAUGGCGUUUGCCCGUUUCAUGAUGCUUCUCUUGUUGUUCGGACUCAGGAAGAGUCUCAUGCUUAUCUUCGUUGGUAGACAUAAGACAUGGUUAGGUUGCAUUCAAUUGUUUAACUGGGAAUCUUGAGAUCAUGUCAUGUUUGCUUGCUUUGUUACUGGAAAUGCUUUACUCUUUCAUGGUGACUAAGAAUAUAUUCUCAGGCACUAUCUGUAUCCUUUGUUAUGCCUGCCUAAUCUAGGACCCUUGAGUCUUGUAAUUGUCUUGUAGUUUAGCAUUAAAAUAAAAACCCACGAGGGGGUAGCAUAUCAAUCUUAAGGAAAGGGUAAUCUAAGAUCAGAGCAUUCUUAUUGACCAAGCUUUUUGAUCCACUUGUGCUUGAGUGAGUGUUCACCACCUUUUCUCUUUAGGAGCUCUUUUUGGUGUACACGUUUUUUUCAUUAUGUGCACUUUUUGUAGUGACUUAUGACCUGCUUUUAUUUCCUAUCUCAUCAGUAGUGACCUAAUUAUGCAUACCAAAACCUUGAUCUUGUUUUCUGAUUGAAAGAAGCAAACGACCAAGCCAUAGUUGAUAUGUGAUGCUCUAAAGCUUGACAGUUGAAUCCAUUGUUAGAGGCUUACAGUUCCAUUGGGGAAGAAUUUUAUUGCCCAGUAUCCAAAUGACAAAGGAUACUGGUUUUCCUCAUGUUGCUGCAAUAGCGCUAUAUGAUCCAUGGUUAUCUGAAUCAAAUGAUACGAUGUGUUGUUUCGUAAAAGAAUAGCUGCUGCAAUGCCUGCAUUGAUUGAGGUAACCCGUCUUGGGUUGUGGAUUUCUGCAUCAUGGUGAAAGGAAGUGAAGGAGGUGGCUCAUGCACUCAAAAAGCUGUUCAUCCAUUCUUUACCUCUGAACCCUGGUAAGCUUAAUAGUGAGUGGGGAAACGAAUGAAGCGUGGCAGAGGUGAGGGCCGAGACUUUAGCAGUAUCUAUGAGUAUAUUUGAGAUAAGGGCUGGAGAAUGAAGAAUAAGAAUAGAUGGCCGCCCAAAGCAGCAUCGUGUUCUGAGAGAUGGAGACAGCCUCUCAGUAUCGUGUAGUAGUGUAGAAGAAAGUGAUUCCUUGUUGUGUGGCGUUUGCACUGCACUGCAAGCCUUUUUGCCGUGUGGCUGACUACUUUUUGCCGUAUGAGUGUUCUCCAUGGUCCUCUUUGGGAUUUACGUAACAGCGGCAACCUUUUUCCUGGGAAUCUACUGCUGCUUCACAAAACCAACCUUGGUCCAAUUUCUGUGUGUUGCACCCGUCUGUCCCAAUCUGGAAUUCAGACCUGAAAGAGGUUCUCUCUUUUAUGAGGUGAUUCUUUUAAGUAAUCGUAACGAAAUUGAGUUGUUACUUUGGUUAGAUGGUACUUCUUUGCGUCACUCUUUCUUGGUUCCGGUGUGGGAUUCUUGAGUUGAUCAUUUUAACCAAGGGGAAAAGGAACCAAAGGACAACCCUUUUGGUUAUUUGACGGAAAGGAAGCCUCCAGUUUCUAUAUGGAAUUUGGACCAAACAACAAGUUCAGAUAUCACUUGGUUUUGUCCAAUGAAGUAAAAAUCGCGAU